AUGGCUGAUAAUCAAGAAUCUUUGCUGGAAAAAAUUAAGGAACAGGGAGAUCUUGUGAGGAAAUUAAAAGCUGCUAAAGAAUCGAAAGAAAAGGUUAACACAAGAAAAAAAGGUCGAGAUCUUGAAGAAAUAAACGAACUACUCUGCUAUUACAGUUAUAUUUGUGGCUACAUGCCUUGUAAAUUUGAUGUAGAACUAUUUAAAAGUUUAGAUUCUAAAUUAGAUUUAAAAAAAUAUCCAUAUUUAAGAAGAUGGUGGUACCAUAUGCGGAGUUUCACUGACUCUGAGAUAAGUCUGUUUCCUGUAAUACAUCCAUCGCAUAAAUUAAUAAAUAUUGUCAAAGUUGAUAAGAAAACUGCUGAUCAGCAGAUUCAAGAAGAGGUAUCUAAGUUACUGGCAUUAAAAGCACAACUGAACACUGAAGAUGCUACCCCUCAGAAGUUUACUCUUAAAACUCCAAAGGGCACAAGGGAUUAUAACCCACAGCAAAUGACAAUUAGAAACAGUGUGUUGCAAAAAAUUGUUGCUGUAUUUAAAAGACAUGGAGCUGAGUGCAUUGAUACUCCAGUGUUUGAGUUGAAGGAUGUUUUAACUGGAAAAUACGGUGAAGAUUCUAAGCUGAUUUAUGAUUUGAAAGAUCAAGGUGGUGAAAUACUCUCUCUUAGAUAUGAUUUAACAGUGCCUUUAGCUAGGUACUUGGCAAUGAAUAAAAUAAACAAUUUGAAGAGAUAUCACAUUGCUAAAGUUUAUAGAAGGGAUAAUCCUGCCAUGACUAGAGGAAGAUACAGAGAAUUUUACCAAUGUGACUUUGAUAUAGCAGGUCAAUAUGAUCCGAUGGUCCCUGAUGCAGAGUGUCUUAAAGUUGUCACAGAAAUAUUAGAUGCAAUAGAUAUAGGUAAAUAUGUUUUGAAAGUGAAUCACAGGAGAUUACUCGAUGGAAUAUUUGAAGCAUGUGGAGUGCCGGCAGACAAGUUUCGCUCUACUUGUUCCACCGUCGAUAAACUUGAUAAGUCACCAUGGGAAGAAGUUCGUACAGAAAUGAUAAAUGAGAAAGGUGUAACACCAGACGCGGCUGAUCGUAUAGGAGAGUAUGUGAGACUAAAUGGUGGGUUAGAGUUAGUCGAUAAACUGUUAAAGGAUGAGAAACUAUCUAAAUCAAAAGGUGCGGUGGAAGGUCUCGAAGGAAUCAAGCUUUUGCUUGACUAUUGUGACAUUUUAGGGAUAAAAGACAAGAUCCUAUUUGAUUUGAGUCUGGCUAGAGGCCUAGAUUACUAUACCGGUGUUAUUUAUGAGGCUGUGUUGACACACCCUAUCAAGAUCGGUAAUGAAGAUCAAACAGUUGGUUCUAUUGCUGGAGGCGGUAGAUACGACAAUCUUGUUGGGAUGUUCGAUUCUAAGAAUAAACAGGUGCCGUGUGUGGGAAUAAGUGUGGGUGUGGAACGUAUAUUCUCCGUGUUGGAGGCGAAGUUAGCGGCAGGCGAUAUAAGUGUUCGUACCAGCGACAUUGACGUGUACGUUGCGUCUGCGCAGAAGAACUUCCUCAACGAACGUAUGAAGAUAUGCGCUGAGUUGUGGAAUGCUGGUAUUAAGACAGAGCAGUCCUACAAAAAGAAUCCCAAAAUGCUGAACCAAUUGCAACACUGCGAAGAAAAUGGCAUUCCACUAGCGGUUAUACUCGGUGAAUCUGAGCUUAAAAAUGGUUUGGUUAAAAUAAGAAACAUCAAGACUAGAGCAGAAGAAGAAAUCCCUAGAGAAAAUCUCGUGCAAGAACUUAAAACAAGGAUCGAAUUACUAGAUCUAAAGGAGAUGAAUGGACCUAUAUCUAAA